AUUUUUUUAGAUUUGGGGGUCUAGGGUUUGUCUCAAAAAAUUAAAACCCUAAAUUCUUUUCGCAAAAUCGCCUCAAUUUCUCACAUAUUCGUCUUCAUAAUCCCAAAGGUGUAAAAGCUGUUGAAUUUGUUAACUGAAAGUAUAGCUAUAGAUACAAAAAGUAGGUUGGAUUAACUGUAAUGGAGAUACCGAUAAAGCCGAUAGAUCAAUUAUUGGAGAGGGUACUUUGUAUGAACAUACUUUCGUCUGAUUAUUUUAAAGAGCUUUAUCGGUUUAAGACGUAUCAUGAAGUUGUUGAUGAGAUAUAUAAUCAAGUUGAUCAUGUUGAGCCUUGGAUGACUGGGAAUUGUCGCGGCCCGUCUACUGCGUUUUGUUUGCUGUAUAAGUUUUUUACGAUGAAGCUUACGGUUAAGCAAAUGCACGGUUUGUUGAAGCACACGGAUUCUCCAUACAUUAGAGCGGUUGGAUUUCUAUACUUGAGAUAUGCUGCAGAUCCGAAGUCAUUGUGGGGCUGGUUUGAACCAUAUAUCAAGGAUGAUGAGGAGUUCUCACCUGGAUCUAAUGGUAGGAUGACAACUAUGGGAGUAUAUGUGCGGGACCUACUUCUUGGCCAGUACUACUUCGAUACACUCUUUCCUCGUAUUCCUGUUCCUGUAAUGAGGUCAAUAACAGCAAACCUCGAAAAGCUGAAACUCCCCACUAAACAUUGUGGAGUAACGGGGGAAUCCACCCGUGGAUCUGAUGACAUGGCACGUCGACCUCCAUCUGUUAAAGCUGCUCUUUCGGUUUCUUUUGGUCAGCGAGCCCCUCAUCGUGCAUCCACACGGGAUUCCUCCCCUGUUCGCCGUACUCUCCCGCCACCACCUUCCUAUGACCGAAAGGAUGGUGAAGAUUCCCGUAGAUCUCCGUCCCGCCACCGUAGCCAAAGCCGUGAUCUACCCGACCGUGAUUAUUCUGAUCGAGGCAGAGAUCGAGGACAAGACCGAGACCGUGACCAUGGAAGGGAUAGGAAUAGGGAUAGGGAUAGAGAAAGAGAUAGAGAUAGAGACAGGUAUAGGGACAGGAGACAUGACUAUGAUCGAAGGUCCAGGGAAACUACAAGCUAUAGAGACCACCAUAGAGAAUCGAGUUCUCGAAGAAGUCGUAGCAGGAGCAGAAGUAGAAGCAGAAGCCGAAGUGUGCGUGUGGAUCAUCAACCGAGUCCAAACAGGGAAGAAACAAAAGAUAGAACAUCUGCUUCUAGUAAUCUAGCCAAACUAAAAGACAUGUAUGGCGACUUGACCACUGACAAGGGUGAUGCAACAGACGGUAGGGCUCCUGGUAGGAAUAAUGGGGCUGAAGAGGUCAUUCGGCUUGGUGGUUCUUCUUGGAGGUAAUCAUGGACUGCUCAUCUUGUCGUCAAAACAUAUGUAUAUGCCAUGAAUGGAUGUAUGGCAUAUGGUAAAAGAGAAGUUAAUUUACUACAAUGAUAUAUGUUGCUCUCUUUGAGGUUAAAUUGUUCACUGUGUACUGUAUCACUGAUUAGCUUAUCAAAUUUUUACUUUUGCAUCUUUUUGAGCUUU